AAUCCUCAGCCCCCCAUCCCCUUUCUAAGUCUCUUCUGAAUCUUGGUGCUGGUCGCCCCGAUUCUUCUUCGUUCAUUCUUGCAUUUUUCUUUUGACUUUUGGCUUCACUUGACGACUUAUUUCCUCACGACUACACUUUCACGACAACUCUAAUUUCUUCCUCUAAUCUUUUCUUCACGUUUCAAAAUGCGUUUCUCUACUUCCGUUGUUCUCGCCGUUGCCGCCGCUUCUAGCGUGCCUGCUUUCGCCGUUCCCUUUGAGCAUGAGGCUCGCCGCUUCAGGUCUAGCCACCUCGAGCACAUCAACGAUGCCGUUGACCUCGUUGACGGUAUUACUAGUGUCGCUGCGAAUGCUGCCGCUGCAAAUCAACAACGUGACUUCCAGGAAUUGGAAGCCCGUCGCAGGGGCGGUCGUGGAGGCAGCAGCGGACAGACUCUUGAGAAUCUCAACAACGGUAUCGGUAUUGCUGACGGUCUGACUGGCAUUGCUACCGGUAUCUACGGUGCCACGCAGCAGAAACGUUCCGAUCUCGAAGCUCGCCGCCGAGGUGGCCGUGGUGGCGGAAACACCCUUGAGAAUGUCAACAAUGGCGUUGGUAUCGUCGACGGCCUCACUGGUAUUGCUACGAACAUCUACGGUGCUACUCAACAGAAGCGAUCUGACCUCGAGGCUCGUCGCCGAGGUGGACGUGGUGGAGGUUCUAGCAACACCUUGGAGAAUAUCAACAACGGCGUUGGCAUCGCUGAUGGUCUGACCGGUAUCGCCACUGGUAUUUACGGCGCCACACAACAGAAGCGUUCAGACCUUGAGGCUCGCCGACGUGGAGGCCGUGGUGGUGGAAACACCCUUGAGAACAUUGACAACGGCGUUGGUAUCGUCGAUGGCCUGACUGGCAUUGCUACCAGCAUCUACGGUGCCACCCAACAGAAGCGCAGCGAACUCGAGGCUCGUCGUCGUGGCGGCCGCGGCGGAGGUUCUAGCAACACCUUGGAAAAUGUCAACAACGUCGUCGAAACCGUUGAUGGUCUGACUAGCAUUGCUACCAACAUCUACGGCGCCACCCAACCACAGAGGCGUAGCGAUCUUGAAGCUCGCCGACGUGGUGGAGGCCGUGGUGGCAACACCCUCGAGAACGUCAACAACGGUGUUGGCAUUGCCGAUGGCCUCUCUGGUAUCAUCACCAACAUCUAUGGUGCCACUCAACAACGGGACUUCAUUCCUGAGCUCGAGGCUCGUGAUGUCAACGACUACAUUACCGAUCUGAUCAUGAACCAUGCUCGUGACCUUGAGGCUCGUCGCCGAGGCGGUCGUGGCGGCAGCAGCGGAAACACUCUUGAGAAUGUCAACAACGGUGUUGGCAUCGUUGAUGGCUUGACCGGUAUCGCUACCAACAUCUAUGGUGCUACUCAACAAAGGCGUGACUUCAUGUAUGAGGUUGAGGCUCGUGACCUUGAGGCCCGCCGUCGUCGCGGUGGUCGUGGUGGCAGCUCCGGUGGAAGCUCCGGUGGAAGCGGUUCCUCCAGCGGAAACAGCAACUCUGGUGGAAGCAGCCCCUCUGGCGGAAGCAGCAACACCCUUGAGAACAUUAACAAUACUGUCGGGAUCGUAGAUGGCGUGACCGGCGUCAUCACUAACAUUGUCGAUGCUACGCAACAGGCGCAACUUCAGGCGCAACAAGCUCAACAAGCCCAGCAAGUUCCUCCCCAGUGAAGAAUUGGAAGAAUCUAAUGUCGAAUCGUUUGCUAUAUCUUGUUCAUGACCAACUUAGUAUAGCGUAGUCCUUUUUGUCUCAGUGUAGCAGCAUCAUCUGUUUAAUGCAUCGACUUUGAGGGGGGCUCCUCAUGUUUACCUAUUUGAU